UAGCGCGGGAGUCUAAUCAGCUGAAAGCGGAGCGUUUGUUUCAGCAGUGUGAUGGAGGAUGAUUUCAGUCAGUCUCUCACUCCGCCUGUCUCUCCGUUUAUGCUGGAGGAUGUGUGUGCGCCGGCCGCGCGACCACCGUGCUUUACUUGUGUGUAUGAACCAGGACGAGAAGAUACACAUACGCUGCCGUCCGACGGUUAUGUCAGCAGAGGAGUGCUAAAGAGAUUGCUAUUAAAGCUGGAUCCAUCUCCUGCAGAUUUUGAAGUGGAUACUGUAGAUAUUUUUGGCUUCCCCUGGGUGACUGAAACAGCACUGGUGGAGUCCACUAAACUUCUGUUUGGCUUGUUCAGACAAAAAGUGUUCCGACUGGAAACUCUGGUACAGUCCAGCUCGCAUGAUUUCGGUCAGGCUAGUGGUCUUCAUUAUGAAGCAGAGGAGCUGAGACAGCAGUGUGUGCUGUUUCUCACCUACGUUAAGGUCUUUAUUCACAGGUUCCUGGAGGUUGCUCAGCCUGUAGAUGAAGGCUUUGUUCAUGCGUACUCUGAGUUGGAGGCCCAGCUGCCCUCUGUUCUAGUGGAGGAACUGUUUGGCAUCACACUGCUUAUUGGCCGGCUCAAAGACCUGCCCGCUAACGUCCAGAGCGCACUGACCAUCCACCACCAAGGAAAGCUUUUCCCUCCGUCAUGGCAUUUAUUACACCUGCACCUGGACAUCCACUGGUCUGUGCUGGAAAUACUGCAUCUGCUUGGCCAGAGGAUGAUGGGUCAGGUGGUGUACGCUCAUAAGUUUGUGGAUUUAACUGGAGAAACGCUGACUAACAUCAGCCUGUUUGAAGAUCAUCUCAACAAUCUCCUGUGUGACCUUAUCAUUCUGGCCAUGAACAAGUACAGCAAGGUGAGACCAACUGAGACAUUGACCAGCAACCAUUAUUACUGUGCUUGUACCAAAGAACUCUGGAUUCUCCUCAUUCAUCUGCUCGAACAUAGAUGCAAAACCCAACACACACAGUCGUUUUGGGGCUAUGUGAAUGCGCUGCUGCAGGCUGUCCUGAAAGGGGCACCUACAGGCGACCGUGACCCUGGUCUGCCAGCAAACUGUAAGGAUCCACUGGGUUUCACCUGGUGGCUAAUCACACACCUUGCCCAACUCGGCAUGUACAACCGCAAUGGGACGCUACAGAAUGAGAAACAGCUAGAGGAUAACUGGAGUUUUGUGUUGGAGCUGCUGAAGUCCAGCUGCGAUAUGAAGGCCGCAGUGCCAGAGGAGCAGAUGCGGAUGCAUGUGCACUGCUGUCUCUCUCUCAGCCUGAUGUGGGGGUCCAAUGUCAGUGCUGUAAACACACUGUGGGAGUACUACAGUAAAAACCUGAAUGGAUCAUUCUCUGUGCCGUGGUUGGGUGUGUCUGGUUUGGGCAGCAUUAGCCCCACUCCCCUGACCCUGCUGGAACAGGCUAAAAGCUGCUGCAGUUCUGAGCCCAUGACUUCCGCCAGCCACACUCAGCUUUAUCGCUCUGCUUACUCCUUCCUCAUCUUUCUGCGCAUGCUGGCGCUCCACCUGAGCCAAGAGAGUGCACCUGGUGCACCAUGGAGGCAGAUCAAGGGCAGGAUCUACUCAAAGUUCCAUGCCCGUCGCAUGGCUGAGCUGUCAGAGUCAGGAUUACAUAAUUUCCUGCUGCUGUUCCUGGUGUUGGCACGCUGUGGUGAUCUGGAGGACGCUGCCGGACGAGCGUGUGACCUGCUUAGCUUGCUGGUACCUGGGUCAGUGCCCCCGACCCUCUGUGCCCUGCAGUGGCGAGGGCAGCUGGCCCUGCUGCUGCUGUUUGGUGGGCAUGGGCUAGACCUGGCACCACUGGCAUCCAAACUGUCCUCCGCCUUUACUGACGCCGCCCGCGAGUUCUACCUGAAGACGACGGAGCCAGCCCGCCGGACUGCGCUCUGGCGUCCCCUGUCUGCAUACCUGGAGGGAGCAGCAGAGCUGUGGCAGACCAGCGCCACCUUGUGCCAGUCUGAAGAAGCACUGCUUGGGGAAGGGUUUGGCCUGCUGCUGCCUGCAUGUCGCACAGCUGAGCUAAACACAGCACUGAGCUUUCUACAGACUGCACUAACACAGCUACGGAGAGUACAGCAGCGUUUUAAUCAGCUCGGCUCCUCUGACUUCCCCAGUUGGGCUCCUCCUCCCAAUGUGGUUAAAGAGCGCCACCUAGCGGUGGCCGUCGCUCUGUGGACUCAUUUCUUCCCAUUCCUGCGCAGCCUGAGACUUUCUCAGACCCCCCCACCACAACUGGCUGACGCAGCCGCAGGUUUCACUUUGCUGGCUCUGGACAUGCCUAGCUCCGCCCCUCAGGACCUCCAGCCCCACCCACUUCAGUCCAUAAUGCAGUGCUUUGGCUGGGACGAGAUGCUCUGCCCCCUGCUGGUGACCAGAUACCUCAAUCACCUGCUGCAGAAUGGUGAGCUGGUGGGCUGGAUGGGUUCUGGUUCUGCUUCUGCUUCUGGUUCGGCCCAGGCACUGUGUGUGAGGGCCUGGUUCCGCUGUGUUUUACAGCAGCAUCUACACAAAAGCCCAGACAACAGCAGAACAGGUAAGGUGCUGGAUGAGCAGUUAGCAGAGUUAACCAGGCUGGUACUCCGGCUUCCAGAAGUAGACUCUUUGUUGCAGAGAGCGAGUUUACAGUCCACUGCAAGUAAAUUAGAGCCUAAACCUGCGCUGGCACUGUUUAUCAAGUCUGUAGGUCGUGUAUACUCCAGUCUGCAACUGCUGUCUGAACGCUCCUCUAUGGUGUGUAAAGCGCUGGAAUAUGUGGGUGACGUGCUAAAGUUUAUUAAACCUUACCUGCUGAACCGCAGCUCAGACGGCCUACAACUCACUUACUGGACACUGGGCUGUGUGGUGAAGCAUUGGAGCCCCCUGCUGGCCACAACUAAAGCGCAGUCGCUGCUCCUGCGCAUUGUGGAUGUGCUGCUCUUGCCUCAUUCGCUGCUGCAGCAGGACAAAGCCCCACCCACUCAGGUGCUAACUGCUCUUCGGGACACUCUGCCACUGUACCUGCAGGGUCUCUCUGUAGCGGCAAGUGUGUCCCAGACUCAGGGUGUGUAUUUGAGGCAGCAGCUCCGUAACGUUAUCGCCCAAUACAUGAGCCGCUUCCUCUCAGCCACGCCCACCUCUGGAUCAGUGGCCAAUCAUCCUGUGUUGUUGGCUGGUUGUGAAGCCACGCCCACUCCCCGAGGGGCAGUGUUAAGGAGGACAAUUUUACAGGUGCUCAGGGAUAAUUUCCUCCAGUUUAAAGGCCAUGCCCCUCCUCCUCGACUGGCCGCAGUGCUGUCCUUCCUGUUGGAGCUGCUGAGGCGAAAUAAUGACACUGAUCCUGACCUACUCACCAUAACACUGCCACCUGCACUGCGUUGUCUGAUGCUCGUCAACGAACCCCAAGUGAAGAGGCUGAGUGCGGACUGUUUGCAGCUGAUUGUGGAGAGAUGUUUGUCUGCAGCGAGAGAUCAGCCGUGUGAGCAGAUCAUCACAGUUCUCCGAACGUUUGUGGAGGAGAACGAAGGUGUGUAUGACCUGCAGGUGUACAGUGUACUGGAGACAGUAGCCAUCCUCAGUCCGUCCACUGUGUCCAGUCUGAUUCCUCUUCUGUCUCUGAGUCUGCGAAACACAGAGCAGAAGAGAGGACUGGGGAGGAACAUUUCUCUCAGGAAUGCCUAUAAGUCUCUUUUGGGCCUGCUGGGAGAAGCUGGUCAGGCUGAGUUGGUCAGUCUGGAAGAAGACUGAACACUCUAACAUCAGCUCUAUCGAUCCUGUAUGUAAAU